AUGGCCAAAACAAAGAUUCCCAAUCUCCCGGAUCUCUCUGAUCUUCUCGACUACGAUCACACUGUUGCUGGCCAUGCUGGAACCAUGACGACUGCCGAUGGCUCCAUGUUCAUCAAGCCCUGCACGCAGGCAGAGAUCGACUUUUACCAGUCGGCCUACUCAGACCCUGCGCAUUCCGACUUCAAAGAAAUAAUGCCCGACUUCUGGGGAACCUUGAGCCUCCUCGACCCUCUCGAACUCAGCUCUGUCGAAGACGGUGUUCCCGGUCCCGUCGCCUCGCCCGAAGCCAAGAAGGAGCUCGAGGCCUCCGUUACCGGACAACCCCCGGCCGAUUCGCAUCAGGAGAAUGGAAAGUGGGUGCAGAACAAGUCAAAGAAGAUCAAGACCGAUCAGUCGGUCGUCCUCAACAACUCUGGCUCCGGCUUCACCUCGCCCAAUUUUCUCGACGUGAAGUUGGGUGUCAGGCUGUGGGCCGACGAUGCGCCUGUCGAGAAGAAACGCAGGUUUGACGAUAUCACGAGCAAGACCACACACGGCCCCCUGGGCUUUAGAAUCGCUGGCAUGAAGGUCUGGCGCGGGUCUACCAUGAAAUCUGAGCUGGAUCAGAAUGACUACAAGGUAUACGAUAAGGACUACGGCCGCACCUACGUAAAUACCGAUAAUGUCGUCGAAAACUUCCGCAAAUUCAUCUUCAACAAGGCCGCCGGUAUCGACGACGACCUGGCACGCGCUGUUGUCACGGCUUUCCUCCAUGAUCUGCGAAACGUUGAACGUGUCCUCUCCUCGGAAGAGAGCAGGAUGUACUCGGCCAGCUUGCUGUUCGUCUUCGAGGGCGACGGCGACAAGCUCAGGGAAGCAAUUGCGCAGAAUAACGCGGCCGUCGACAGUAUCGCGGCCGCGGAGGCCAAGAUUGAGGCAGAGGGCGAGAAGCCUGGUAGAACUACCUCCCGUGUGGAUAGUGGCAUCGAGCUGAUCGAGGAAGACCGUGUGACGAUCCAUGUUCCCGAUCACGGUAGCCUUUCAGACGACGAUGACGACGACGACGAAGAACUGCCCAAGGUCUUUACGUUGAAACUCAUCGAUUUUGCACACGCGCAGUGGACUCCCGGCCAGGGUCCCGACGAAAACGCGCUCAAGGGCGUGCGGAGUCUGAUCAAAAUAUUCGAAGAAAUGGAAAAGGAAGAGUGA